UAAAUUCAGAAAGGGUGUCGUCAACUUGAUUUGCCUGUUUAUAACAAUGUCGAAUCACAAAGUUGGCAUGCCUUGUAAAUUUUCUAGUCUCCAUUAUAAUUUCCUGCAACUUCCAAACCAACUUCAGCCUUCCUUUAGUCAUAUUGACAACAACCAAUGAAUAACAUUCCAAAAUUAUAUUCACAAAACCAAGAACCUGAGAGCAGAUGGCUGCUCACUACCAUGUUCAAUCUAUGUUGCACAAAUUCUUAGAUAUUACCCACCUCAGCUAAUAAAUGGCCUGAUGUUUAAUCCUAGCAAAACAAACUCUAGAAGAUCCAUAUCUUGCAUACACCUUGCUUUCCAUAUCUCCCAGCAAAUAACAAUUUGAGUGACUCUAAGAAGUACUUGAUGAAUGGUGUUUUGGGGCUUCAAAGACCACCAUGUAAAAAGAACUUCAGGAGUAGGUUUCCGUCAAACACCAAGAAGAGCUCCAAAGAAGUUCCAUAAGUAAACAGUCAAUUCUCCUGCAAUCAAUGUAUGAUGGAUAGUCUCUCCCUGUGGGAUUCUGCAACAAAUACAUUUGGAAGCAAAUUACUGACCAAAUCUGAUAAGCUCCUCAACAAAGGGGAGUUGUCUAAUAAUGGCGAAAUCUGAUAGUCUCUCCCUAUCUAUUGAGCUAAGAUCUAAUACUUGCCAUUAGUAGUCUUGGUUGAAGUUUUUAUUGACUGUUUUGGCUGCUCAAAUUUCUUUAUAUUAAUCGUGCAACAUUCAUAGGCAAUGUGCAAUUAUCAUGUUUGAUGUUACAGCCCGUCUGAUCUACGAGAAUGUUCCCACAUGGCAUCAAGAUCUUUGCAGGUUUGGAACUCUUUAUCAGGAUUUGUGAAAAUAUGCCCAUUGUUCUUUUUGAAAACAAAGUUGAUGUCAAGAACAGACAGGUUAAGGCAAAGCAAGUGACCUUCCACGGGAAUAAAAAUUUGCAAUACUAUGAGAUCUCGUCAAAGAGUAAUCAGAAUUUUGAGAAGCCUUUUCUAUACCUUAGUAGAAAGCUUGUGGGGAUGCUAAUCUUCACUUUGUGGAAUCACCUGCUCUUGCUCCCUAGAAGUUCAAAUUGAUUUAACUGCACAGAAGCUGUAAGUGUAAGACCUCUUUACUCGUGUUUCAUUAUUUUGUGAUUCUACUAAUACCAUGUGUCUAUAUGCAUAUUCCAUACAAUUAAGAGCUUUGCCUUAUUUCUGAAAAUAUCGGACAAGUAUACAGAUAUUCAUUUCAUAUUUUGUUACCUGAGUUAGAAGUACGAUUUUAGUCAUGACAAGUCCAUGUAAUCUGCAGUAUGGAACAAGGAUUAGGUUCCUGUCAGGUUUUAAUCAUGCAAGUUGCUCGUAUCAAGGAAAAAGGCUUGAACAUAUGUUGCUUGUUUAUUUGAGUUGCAAAGGCUUUGUUGUGCUUGGAGUUUUGCUUUCCGUUUGUAUGACCUUUU